UGAGGUCAGCCGCUGGGUCGUUGCAUGUAUCCGCUUUUAUUCAAACUACGUCCGGCGGACAAGAUAGGGUCUUGCGGUGGAGAUAGCCUUAUGCGAUUGGGGCCAGCUUUUGGUCAUUGGGAAAGGCUUGCUUGUCCUCCCAUCUCUUCCUCUCUCUCUCCUGUGUGUGUGUUUCUGGGAGAAGAAAGAGGGACAGAGAGAGGAAUAAAAAGGUGGGCAAGGACAUGGAGAUGGCCAUGAUUUCACCUCAGGCCCUUCCUCUCUCCCCAAACACUUCCCGAUAGAUUCCAUCCCCUCUCUAUCAUCCUGGGUUUCCACCCACCUUUUCUCAUCUUAAUUGCAAAGGUUUCUGCGGGAUAACAUUUGUUUUGGAGGAAAUUCAGAGAGGGGAGACUCUAGCUAGCUCUGGUGAAGAAGAACCAACAAGAGUUUGGAGAGGGAGAAAGGGAUGGAAGGCGAGAGCUUCUCGGGGAUGGGCAAUGGAGGCGGCGGCGGCGGCGGAGGGGGGCACCACCAGGUGGUGGACGGGAAGCUGAUCCAGACGUUCCACAAGAGCUUCGUGCAGGUGCAGAGCAUCCUGGACCAAAACCGGAUGCUCAUCUCCGAGAUCAACCAGAACCACGAGUCCCGGGCGCCGGACAGCCUCACCCGCAACGUCGGCCUCAUCCGGGAGCUCAACAACAAUAUCCGCCGCGUCGUCGGCCUCUAUGCCGACCUCUCUGCCUCCUUCGCGCACCGUGGCGCCGCCAUGGACGGCGGCUCCUCAGAGGGCGACUCCUCGGGCACGCUGCGCUCCUCCGAUGCCGCCGGCCGCGCCGCCGCCGCCGGACAGAAGCGCGUCCGGCCCGGCUAGCUUGGCCCGACCGGAUGGUGCCUGCCGUUUCUUGGCAUCGCCAUGGAUGCUGUGUAGCAGCUAGCGAGAAAGGAUGUGAGUUACUGAUGAGAUGUUUGCUACUCCUACUUACUACUAGUACUAGGCUAGUUCUUCUUUGCUUAAUUUCUUGCCGUGCUUCUUCUUUGCCGCAAAGUGCUUCCUCAACCCUGACGGUGAGAAAAAAAUAACUUUUCUGUACAAGUCCAUGUGACGAUGAGCAAAAAACACCAGUUCUUGAUAAUCUGCAGCCUUACUAUUACAUGUAGAAUCUAGUCACCUGGCUGAUCUCAGGUAUGCCAGCCAGGUAUACAGUUAAUCUGAGAGAUUUGGGAGUUCUUGAG